AUGCCCAUUCGCCGCGUAGCAUUGUUCAAAGUCCGCAAGGAAGAGGACCGUCAAAAGCUUCUCGACAUGUAUAACGCCAUGUCGACCAAAGCUGUCAAGAACGGCCGCCCCUACAUCCGCUCGAUAGAAGCCGGCCCCACUCAACAAGAUGCGCGAGCACAAGGCUACACCGUCGCAGCCACUUCCAUCUUUGAAAGCGAAGAGGAUCAGAAGUACUACGAUGAAGAGUGCCCGGCACACGCGGAGAUGAAGGCGGCUGCAAAGGGUUUUGUUGAAGGGAUGCUUAUGGUGUACUUUGCUGUUUGA